AUGAGCGACCUCGACAAAGCUAUCGCGCAAUUGCGCGCUUGCCGUCCGAUUCCUGAAGCGCAGGUUCGAGAGCUUUGCCAUAAAGCACGCGAGUUGCUCAUAGAGGAAGGCAAUGUCGUCACAGUCACGGCUCCCGUAACGAUAUGCGGCGAUAUUCACGGCCAGUUCCAUGACUUGAUGGAACUCUUCCGAGUUGGCGGCGAUGUCCCUGACACUAACUAUCUCUUUAUGGGCGACUUCGUCGACCGUGGCUUCUACUCUCUCGAAUCUUUCCUCCUUCUACUAUGCCUCAAAGUCCGCUACCCCGACCGCAUGACCCUCAUCCGAGGUAAUCACGAGUCCCGCCAGAUCACCACUGUAUAUGGUUUUUACGACGAGUGCUUGCGCAAAUAUGGAUCAGCUAAUGUUUGGCGAUACUGCUGUGACGUUUUCGACUAUCUUGCGCUAGGUGCUAUCGUUCUCGGGGCAUCGCACACCUUCAAUUCCAGCCCUGGCCAAGAGCCGAUCGAUGAUGAUGUCGAAAUUGAGGUCUGCGACCAGAGUGGCUCAACUAUGAGUCGCUUUCCCCGUCAGAGACGGCCCCAGAGACAGCCGACCCCCAACAGCCCCAACGGCGCCCCUUCUUCAUCUGGAGACAAGACCGGCCCUCCUGGUAGCGGCGCGUCAGGAAGCUCAUCAGGCUCACACGGCAACCCCGCAGGAGCCAUCCUCUGCGUUCACGGAGGCCUCUCACCGUUGAUAGACAGCGUCGAUAAGAUCAGGCUCCUUGACAGGAAACAAGAAGUGCCUCAUGAAGGAGCGAUGUGCGAUCUUCUCUGGUCCGACCCAGACGACAUUGAUGGCUGGGGUCUUUCGCCUCGUGGUGCCGGAUUUCUGUUUGGCGCGGAUAUUGUGCGAGACUUCAACCAUAAAAAUGAUCUAUCGCUCAUCGCUCGUGCCCAUCAGCUCGUCAUGGAGGGAUUUAAGGAAAUGUUUGACGCCAGUAUCGUCACUGUGUGGUCGGCGCCGAACUACUGCUAUCGGUGUGGCAAUGUGGCGGCCAUUCUCGAGCUGGCGGAGGAUGAUUCAGGUACAGGUGUCUUUGCGCGCAGCAAUGGUGAUGUGGGCCGCAGUGACGGCGGAAUUAAAGGAACCGAUGAUUACGUGCUUCUGCCCGGGCCAGCAAGGAGGUAUCGCGUGUUCCAGGCAGCGCCGCAGGAUUCAAGGGGAAUGCCGGCAAAGAAACCGGUGGCAGACUACUUCUUGUAG